AGUAGAUUACGGGACUCCAAAUCCCAAGUCAUUUUGUUUUAUUUUGUUUCGCACGAACUCUGAAAAUUUUAACGAAUAAAAUUGCUUCGCCUCGCCGCCGUAAGCCACCGCAACGCCGUCGUAGUCCACAGUUCGAAAUGACACUCGUAUGAGGAUUUUCGAAUACCGCCUCUCUUCAUUUGCGUUCCAUAAUCUGCAUACAGAAAAAAAAGGGAGGUUUGAGGAAAAUUCCCAGUUAUGGGUAGAAGGAAGCAAAUUCGGCCACACAGGUCUGGGGGAGUAUUAGAAAGGCCGACACCAGAAUCGAAAAUUAACGGAGAUAGUGAUGCCCAGCAUGAAAAGAUCGAGUCAGCCAAUAUUGAGGAACCAUUUUUUGUUGAAAUCGAUAAGUCCAGCUGGGUUUCUGAGGAGCACUAUGACGUAUCUGAAGUUGUUUUGCUUAAUUUGAGGGUGAGUGAGGAGUUUUCCGGCUAUAAACUGGCCGAGGAGUUUCAACGGGAUGCAAGGUUCUGCUUAAGGUUCAGAUUAAGCAAUGUGAACGAGCAUCUUGCUCGGAUGAAAUUGGGACACUGGCCAGUUUUGACCGAGAGCAAUACUUGUUUGGAGUUUGUGAUGAAAUGUGAAGUAGAGGGAUCCGAAAGAGAUGUUUUGAUGGUGUCUGGGACUGUGGACGGGCCGGAUGAAGGAGUCACAGGACUCGUUCACUUGGUUAGCUUGAAGUACUUGUCCGUUAGGCCAGUCUUGGAAAAUGAGGCUUUGGAGGACAUGUCAUCCAUACGUGUAAGAAUUGAGAUUCUGCAACGUGCAUUUGAUGAGUGUGGGUCCCUUCUUGAAAAUACAAGGCAGCUAUGGAAAAGAAGUAUGAUGAGUGUUAUUUCUUGGCUUCGUCCGGAAGUUAUGACCUCAGAAUUUAGAUAUGGAUAUGAUGCUGUAGGAAAUAUGGAUAUUGACACACCUCUUGUGGCUGAUGAUGAUGAAUCUUCUGCUUCAAGAAAACAAGUUAGGUUUGAAGUUUCCAGCUUUUAUGAAGCUAUUAAGCCAUCAAAGGAGGAGCCAAUGCUGGAAGAUCACCUUCCCGACUUGCUUCCUGAACUGCGGCCUUACCAGCGUCGUGCGGCGUAUUGGAUGAUAAAGCGAGAGAAAUGUGAUUUUGAACAUUUAGAUGGGAGUGAGACAAGUUGGGCUUUGGCUCCUUUAUGUGUGCCUCUAAAUUUGAUCAACACCUCAGGGAGAAUUUUUUACAACCCAUUUAGUGGGAACAUUUCACUGCAUGCUGCUCAUUGUUCCUCGUAUGUUCCUGGUGGAAUUCUAGCUGGUAUGUGAACUUUCUCAACUACUGUUGCCACAAUUAGGUCAUGCUUUGUCGGUUCAGUCAUAAGAUGAGAUGGGCCUGGGGAAAACUAUUGAGCUGCUAUGCUGUGUUUUUGCUCAUCGGAUGCCAUCGUCUGAAGUUGCUAGUGGUUUUGAGGCAAUGGAAGUGGAGAGAACUCAAAAAGUUAAUUUGAAAAGACUGAAAAGGGAGCGGGUUGAGUGCGUAUGUGGAGCUGUAACUGAUAGCUAUAGAUAUGGAGGUUUGUGGGUGCAGUGUGAUUUUUGUGACGCUUGGCAACAUGCAGAUUGUGUUGGGUAUUCUCUGGAAAGAAAGACUCCGAAAUCGGGAGGAGACACAUGUGAGGAGCACUCAAUUGAAAACUCAGGGAAGAAUAAAAGAAGAAAGACUGGUAGUGAAGUGAUUGAGAAGAAUGAUGACUAUAUAUGUCAGACAUGCUUAGAGCUGUUUCAGGCAACAGAAUCUCCAAUUGCUGCAGGUGGAACUCUUAUUGUUUGUCCAACUCCCAUAUUGCUCCAGUGGCAUGCUGAAAUUCUUCGCCAUACAAGACCUGGCUCUUUAAGAAUCUGUAUCUAUGAAGGCGUUCGACAGACUUCCUUCUCAGAUGAACCCGUCAUUGAUAUCGAAGAACUUCUAAAGGCUGAUAUUGUCUUGACAACUUAUGAUGUGCUUAAAGAGGAUUUGCCGCAUGAUUCUGAAAGAUAUGAAGGGGAUCGGCGCUUUAUGAGAUAUCGCAAAAGAUACCCAGUUGUUCCAACUCUUCUAACCAGAAUCAUUUGGUGGAGAAUAUGUUUGGAUGAAGCUCAAAUGGUGGAGGGUAAUGCUGCUGCUGCAACAGAAUUGGCACUACGUCUACAUGCAAAACAUCGCUGGUGUAUAACAGGAACUCCCAUACAACGAAAACUUGAUGACCUUUAUGGGCUUCUGAGAUUUCUUCAAGCAAGCCCGUUCAAUGUCCUCCGUUGGUGGAUUGACGUUAUUUCUAAUCCAUAUGAGAGGGGAGAUGUACGAGCAAUGACUUUCACGCAUAAUUUCUUUAAGAAAAUUAUGUGGCGCUCCUCGAAGGCUCAUGUUUCGGAUGAACUGCAACUUCCUCCCCAGGAAGAAGGUGUUUCUUGGCUCACUCUCUCACCCAUUGAACAGCACUUCUACCAGAGACAACACGAGACGUGUGUGGAUGAUGCUCGAGAAGUAGUUGAAAACUUUAAAAAAGCAGAUUCCGUGUCCGAUAUCUCGUUUGAUCCUUAUGUCACCAAUGCGGAUGCUGCAAAGCUGUUUAACUCUCUCUUAAAGCUUCGCCAAGCGUGCUGCCAUCCUCAAGUAGGAAGUUCUGGUUUACGUACUUUGCAGAAGUCCCCCAUGACCAUGGAGGAGAUAUUAUCGGUUCUUAUUGGAAAGACAAAGGUAGAAGGCGAGGAUGCCCUUAGAAAAUUAGUCGUCGCAUUAAAUGGACUUGCGGGCAUAGCCAUAAUCAAGCAAGAUUUUUCUCAAGCGGUAUCUUUGUACAAGGAGGCACUUGAUUUGGCUGAAGGGCACUCGGGCGAUUUCAGAUUGGAUCCUCUGUUGAACAUUCACAUUCAUCAUAAUCUUGCUGAAGCAUUACCACUCACCGACAACAUCUUUCAACAGGAAUCUGUUUCCAAUAUUGAGAAAUUAAUCUCUGGGACUUGUGACGAAAAGGAUAAUCAUGCUGCCAAGGGGCAUGGUGUGAUUAAUAAUAAUUCCAAUGUGAAGAUAGUUUCUAAAAAUUCACCUACUUCUCCAUCAUGCUUGUUGAGUAAUGGUGAUUCAAGUUGCAAUGUUCAGCAGCAUGUGUCGAAUUGUGUUCAAUGCUUACAACGGGCAUGUGAAGAGCUAAAACACAAGUUCUUGUCUAUAUUUACAUCAAAGCUAUUCGCUGCUCAGGCGGAGUUUAGGAGAAUUUAUGAACAGGUUCAUGAUUAUUUGACAGAAAGGGAAAAUCAGAACGCAACUUGGUGGUUAGAUGCCCUGCAUCACAUUGAGCAAGACAAGGAUUCAUCUAAUGCCCUGAUACAGAAAAUAGGAGAAUCUCUUUCUAGCAACUUGGACAAAAGAUCAAGAAUUCCUUCCUGGUUAGUGAUGGCUGCUUUCUGGUUUCAAAGUAUUCCCAUCAUAAUUGCUUUGUCUGUACUAGUUCAGUUUGACAUCUUCCGCAGCAUACCAACUCUAAAAUACUACAUUCAAACUGGUUUGGAUGCUCUGGAAGGGUCGAGAAGAACUCUACUUGAUCGACUGUUGGAAAUAGACCAAACGAUGGAAAAUCCCAGGGAAGAGGAUAUUGCACUUGUGAGAUACUGCAAAAAGUGCAACUCUAAUUAUGAUGGUCCUGCAUGUACGCACUGUGAGUUGGAUGAAAUGUUUCAGGUUUAUGAAGCUACACUAUUUCGUCUCAACAAAAGCAAUAACGGUGAUAUGAUUACAUCUGUUGAAGAGGCAGUGAAUCUGCAAAAGAAGAAAUCUGCUCUGAAUCAAUUCUUUUGGAAUUUGUCACGUGAAGACAAAAGUUCUAGUUCGUCUGCCGAACACAAAGAUGAUGUAAAGAAGAGGGAUGCGGGGGAGAAAGUGACGGUGUCAAAGUCACCAUCUGACUUGGAGAUUGUGCUGACGAUAAUCAGAAACAGCUCCAGGGGAAUCCUUGAAAGCGAGAUAAUGUUGACAGCAAGAAAGCAGCUUGAUCUUCUUGAGGCCCUGCGCAAGGAGUAUGCUCUAGCGAGAUCUUUAGCAAUUGCUCAGGCACAAGUUUUUCGUGCUCAUGAUGAACUUAUGAUGGCUACGUCAAGGUUACGCCUUAGAGAAAACGAGGAUGAUAAAUCUAUUGAUGCUUUAAGUUCAGAAGAAUUGGAUAUAGCUAGUGUUGAAAACUCUAGCGAAAAGUUUAUAGCGUUAGGUUCAUUGUCACGUAUAAAAGGGCAACUCCGCUACUUGAAGGGUUUGGCACAAUCAAAUCAACAAUCGAAAUCAGAAAGCCCGGUUACUUUGUCUGUAAGUGAAGCCACAUUGCCCUCAGCCAAUGGAAGCAUUUCAAGAGUAGAUGCAGUAUCAUGCCCAGUUUGUCAAGAGAAGCUGGGUUUACUCGCAAUAACAGAGAGAAAAUCGACUCCUCUUGCAAAACACAAUAAUACUAAGUUGGUAAUGUGCCCAACAUGCCGGCAAUCUACUGAUUUUGGAAAUAUUGCUCUUGCUGACGAUAAACAAAAUGAUUCAUGUGAAAUGUCCGAUAAAUCUGAAGCUUCCAUCACCGUCCAAGGUUCAUAUAGUACAAAGAUUGAGGCCGUGACAAGGAGAAUUUUGUGGAUUGGUUCGGCAGAUCCCAAAUCGAAGAUUCUCGUGUUUUCAAGUUGGAAUGAUGUCCUCGAUGUGUUACAACAUGCCUUUGCUGCAAAUAGCAUAAACUAUGUUCGGAUGAAGGGCGGAAGGAAAUCACAAAUUGCGGUCAGCCAGUUUAGAGGGCACAAGAGCCCUGCCAAAGAAAACGGUAAAAAGCCUGAAAAUAAUAAUAAUGUAGCUACAAAAUCUCCCCAAGUGCUGCUACUCUUAAUCCAACACGGAGCAAAUGGGCUUAACCUUUUGGAGGCUCAGCAUGUUAUUCUCGUCGAGCCACUUCUUAAUCCAGCAGCCGAGGCACAAGCAGUCGGCAGAGUGCACCGAAUAGGGCAGGAGCAUAAAACUCUCGUUCACCGUUUUAUAGUGAAGGAUACUGUGGAGGAAAGCAUAUAUAAACUGAACAAGAGCCGGAACACAAGCUCGUUUAUCAGCGGGAAUAGAAAAAACCAAGACCAGCCUUGCCUGACGCUAAAGGAUGUCGAGUCCUUAUUCCGAGUGGCGCCAGCUGGCGGUACGGAAAAUCAGACGACGAGAAACCAGAGAGGUUUGAGGGAUCUUCCGGCUUCUGUGGCUGCUGCCAUUGCUGCUGAAAGAAGAUUAAUGGGGAUUGAUGGUAGCAAUGCUGUUCAUGAAGACACGGAGCGAAAUUAAUUUAAACAGGACAUAAAAUUGUCCUGUUUAACUCGUUCGGCCACACGAGAUAUUGGAGACGAAUAUCGGGUCUUGCCACUUGGCACUAUGUGGUUCGUGUUACCAACAGGACAUA